GAACAAACACAGAGAGUGUUGACAACUCCAAUCGUUCCUCCAGCUUUCCUCUCUAAAAUGGAGCUCUCUCUGCAGGGCUCCUCUUCAGAUUUGUCAAAACUGUUUCAAAAUGCCAACAUGACGCUAAACACCACUGGGAACUACUCCGGCAACCAGUUCACUGAAGUCAACCUCUUUGAAAUCCUCGGUCCAAAGCGAUCUCCCUUCUUCCUCCCUGUUACCAGUGUUUACCUUCUCAUCUUCCUCACUGGCUUGUGUGGAAAUCUGCUCACAUGUGCAGUAAUAGCCAAACACAAGAAGAUGCGCAACCCCACCAAUCUUUACCUGGUGAGCUUGGCUGUAUCGGACCUCCUCGUGCUGUUAUUUGGGAUGCCCCUGGAGAUUUACGACCUAUGGCAGAACUACCCAUUCCCUUUUGGCAAGGGCGGUUGCUACUUCAAGACCUUCCUCUUUGAGACGGUCUGCUUUGCCUCAAUCCUCAACGUCACAGCUCUGAGCGUGGAGAGGUACAUAGCUGUGGUGCACCCCCUCAAAACACGGUAUCUGUCUACUAACCAGCAUGCCAAGCGGGUCAUCACCAUCGUUUGGGUGGUGUCGAUGCUCUGUGCCAUCCCCAACACCUCUCUGCACGGUAUCUUCUACCUGCCGGAGAGAAUGGAGGAGUCGGCCAUAUGCACGGUGCUGAAACCUCUGUGGAUCUAUAACAUGGUCAUGCAGAUCACCACUGUGUGCUUCUAUUUUGUGCCCAUGAUAGUGAUUAGCAUGUUAUACCUGGUGAUGGGGCUUCAUUUGGGCAGAGAAAGGCGGCAACGCAGCUGGAAGCUGGGACAGAACUUCAGCAGUGGCACUCGAGUGAAGAUCUGCAUGGAGAGCGGGCGCAGGAGACAGGUCAUCAAGAUGCUUUCAAUUGUGGUGGCAGUGUUUGGAGUCUGCUGGGCACCCUUUCACAUCGAGCGGCUCCUGUGGAGUUCAAUCAGCCAUUGGACCGACUUGAUGCACAAUAUUUAUCAGUACAUCCACAUCCUGUCAGGCGUCCUCUUCUACCUCAGCUCCGCGGUCAACCCUAUCAUCUAUAGCCUGCUCUCCACACGGUUCAGGGAGUGUUUCCGAGAACUCGUGUGCUCCCAGACGGAGGACAACAGCUCUGUCAGAGACUCGCCACCCUUCCCUGAGAUUUUACUGGAUCCCUCUGUCUCAAGCAUGAGGGAUCAGUUCGAGGGUAAGGACUCUAAUGCUUUCAUCCCUCUGCUGUCUCCUAACUUGACACUGAGCAUGGACACGGCAAUGCUCACGUGUGCAUGCAAAGAGACAACCUGUGAGACCUCUGUGUUUUAA